AUGACAGAUGAACCAACAGCGGCGGCUGGGCCGGGCUUCGCUCCCCCGGUGCGAAUCCCUGGGCCAAGCAGGGCCCCCUUGGCUUGGGGGCGCCUUUUCCCGGGCAAGAACGCCGCCGGACGGAUCCCCCACCCCCGGCUUUCACCCCUGGCUGGUGCGCCGUCGUCCCCGGGACACGGACGGGAGCCCCUGAGGACGCCGCACGACGAGGCCCGGCGGCGGCGGCGGCGGCGGCUGCCCGUCAAAAGUUGGCAUCCCCGAGAGGGGGCGAGGCAGGCGGGAUCAAGUCCGCGAGCGGCGCGCCUGUUUGCUGAGGGAAAGAAGCGCUCGGCGCGGGAGGAGAGGACGACGACGAAGUCGCCGAGAGCAGCGGCGGCAGGAGAGCGAGCCGGAGCGCGGGACGCGUCCCGCGGCAGGAGAGGCGCUGCCUGCGCGGCGCGGGCCUGCGGCCUAGCGCGGAGCCCCUCGCAGAGCGGAGGGAAGGCGCGCGGCGCCCCAGCCGGGCCGGGCCCAGGCCGCAGGAGGGACCCGGCGCCGGGGAAGCCGCCGCCGCCGCGUUUCCCGAGGAGCAGCGAGCCGACCACGGCCACCGGCAGCCGGGCUGGCGCGGCGCCCAUGCGGGGCGGGGACGCGGCCGCCGCCGCCGCGGCCUCCCCGGGCGAGCGCGAGGGCGGAGCGGGAGGCGCAGAGCGGCCGGCCCGCCCCCUCUGGCACGUGACGCCGCGGCCGCCGCUGAGGAAGCGCGCCUCCCAAGAUGGCGGCGGCGAGUCGCUCCGCGCCGGGACUGCCGCUGCGCGCGCGCCCCCGGGCGGCCCGCCCCGGCGGCAAGUGAGGUUCUCCGAGGAGGUGCUGGAGCACUCGGCGGACGAGGGCGCGCCGCGGCGCAGGCAGGGCCGGAGGGCGCGAGCGGCGGGCGAGGCGGCGGCCAUGGAGGAGCGCGCCAAGGGGGAAGCGCGCCGAGCGGCGGCCUACCAGCUGCGCUCCGCCGGGCCGCGUCCGUCGACGCCGGCUGAGAGGGAGGAGCAGGAGCCCGCGGAGGAGUCGGUCUCCCCGGAAGAUGUAUUUUCUGCAACUGAACUUAGACUGAGAACACCGAACAAAAACACAGAUUGCCAAGCAGAAACAGAAGAAGACACAGAUCUCCUUGGAAUAAACGGUACACUUUGUCGACCACCUCUUAGACGAAGUCCACGUACAGAAUCUUCUUACGCUCGAGACAGACGCUCUACAAUGAAAAAAGCAGAAGAUGAGGCAACAGAAAAGGAACACGAGAACAGUCCUGAAAUUAGGAGUACUACUUUUAAGACAACCAGGACAGAUCCACAAUAUUUGGAACAAAAGACACAAAGAUUUGAGCAGAGGGCAACCUCAUGGUCCAGACCGCAAGAUUCUCGCUUGCAUUAUAAGGAGACAAAAAAAAUUAAAGACCAUACACGGAAGACGCAACCACCACCUGCUCCCAAAAGUUCUACACCAUCUAGUGGGAGGAACUUACUUUUGAUGAUUCUGACAUUGGGUGUACUUUGCAUUGCUACUCUUGGAUUUUAUAUGAUUUACUCAUUCUGUACUAUGGAAAUUGAUGAUAAAGCCCUGAAAUCAUUUCAGAACCGCAUGAAAGAGCUUAUGAACACAUACCCUGGUCAAGAUGAAUGGCUGUGGAAGAAAAUCCAAACCACCUUUGAAAAACGUCUCAACUCCUCGCAGCCUCGUGGGGAACCGGCCAUCUUAUUGCUCACUGCCGCAAAAGAAGCUGAAGCUGCCCUGAAGUGCUUAAGCAACAACAUUGCUGAUGCCUUCUCAUCCUCUCAGAGCACUGCUAUGAUUAAAAUUGAUGGGGCUGGCAAAGCUGCUCUGGACAGUGAUGCUGUCAAACUUGCUGUUGACGAAGAGCUCAGCUCUGGGUUCAGUGAAGGAAAGAAGGUGGCAGUAGUGCAUCGGUUUGAGUCGCUGCCUGCAGGAUCCACCCUGAUAUUUUACAAAUACUGCGACCAUGAAAAUGCAGCAUUUAAGGAUGUAGCUCUACUCUUAACUGUCCUCCUAGAAGAGGAGUCUUUGCAAAAGAGUCUCAGCCCAUUGGAAGUUGAGGAGAAAGUGAAGGAUUUCCUCUGGGCUAAGUUUACCGAUUCAAGCAUGCCAAGUUCCUACAACCACAUGGAUACAGACAAACUGAGUGGACUGUGGAGCCGCAUAUCCCAUGUGAUCUUGCCUGUGAGGCCUGAACAUGUUCCCACUCAAGAGAAGUGCUUGCAGCCAUCUAUGCCUGCCAAAGAGCCAUCCCAGAGCACCCUCCUCCAAACUGUGGAAUAGGACUGCUUUGGAAGGGAGAUUUGCCUCCAAAUGGCCCAAAUUCCACCCAAUUUUACCUCGUCUUCAGUGAUCAUCUGUGCUCCAUCUCACCUUCAGGAAGGCUUUUUUUGGUCUACACAUGGCUACAGCUGGGAGGAUGAAAUAGGAAUCAAUCCUUGAAUUUCAUUAACAGCUUGGGAACCAAGGCUACACUUUAUAGUUUUUGUACAUGAAGUUAUACAUAAUAUGUUAAAAUACAGGGCCUCCUUGUGAAGUAAUCAAAUGGACUUAGAGCUGUUUAUGCUACUUCUGCUUUGAGGUUCUUUAUGCUUUCUCUGUGGCAGUCAGUCUAUUUUCAGUUGCAUGAGUAGACAGAACAAUUGCUACGGUGUCUGCUCUGUCUGUCUUGGUAAUACAUCCUGAGCCUUUCGUCCGUUAAGUAAUGGGUACAGGCACUUCAAGGCCACUACUCCCUCGAUGAAUUAAGCAAGCUUCAAUUAAAUAAUUGAGUAUCAUAACAAAUUAGUUGAUUUGCAAUUAGGGGAUGUGUAAUGUGACAACCGUAAUUCCCUACAUAUUAACCACAGUGGUGUUCUAGAUGGGAGUAGUGCAAACGACUUGCCAUAUAUGCUAAUCUACCUACUUUUAAUGUGAGGAGGAGUCGCUUGGCAGAAUGUUUUUGUGAGGACUUUUGGUUUCUACAACAGCUGGGUUUUAGCUAGUUGUGCUUACUGCAAAUAGGCAAUACAUGCUGAUUUGAAACAUGGUAGCAAAAGAAGUAUUACUUUGUAUACCAUGGCAGGUUUCCUUACCAUGAACAUUGUAUUUUGGAUGAUCUAAUUCCUAAGUAGCUGAUGUUUUUAAAACACUUGCUUCCUACACAUUUGCAAUUUACUAAUGAUUUAGUGCUAUUUUUGUCGUGCUGAUAUAAAGAUAAAUUUAAGAGAAACAGGAGCAGUAUAUGAAUAAAAAUGGCUGUACUAGAAAGCUGUUGGCUGUGCUAUGGAGUUCCAAUACCAUUUUAAUAAAAGUUCUGAUUCCAAAUCUAGGGAAGAAGUAA